AUGUCUUCACCCUCCGAUGGGCAAGCCCCAGAAUCACCGAAAGGCACACAACAGAGACCUCGGGCUCCUACAAUUAGUAUAGACGAUACCGCUGUCAACUCCCCUCCUUCCCCCGAAGAACCUCCCAGUGCAGUGUCCGACAAGCCUGGGCCUUUACCACGAAUACAAACAUCUGGACUGGAAUCCGAGCCUACCCUCUCCUCCCCACUUUCAGUGUCGCCAACUGAUGUUCGACCGUCCUCGGACACUCGCGAGUCGCGUCCCACCUCUCCUCAUAAUGUUUCCUCUCCCAGAGCCCAGUUUCUCGAUGGAGCUGCCCACAACUUCCUUGCUGUCCCCGGCUCAAGAGCAAGGGCUACAUCGAUGGAGUCUCAAAACUCGGCUUCCACGUCCGAAUUCGGAGGGGAAACACAGAUCGCUUCAACUAUUUCCGGAACGGAUGAUUUACGCAAGAAUUCGUUGGCCAACAACGACGAUAUCAUGAACGAUGCAGAGGCGCUGAGGCCAGAUCCUGGAACGGAGGCGGAUUUUGAGGUUGAAGACAACAAGUUUGCAUUUAGCCCUGGACAACUGAACAAGAUGAUCAACCCCAAAAAUUUGGCCGCCUUUCAUGCUCUCGGUGGCUUACGAGGUCUAGAGAAGGGCCUGCGUACUGACCGUCACAGCGGUCUAAGUGUGGAUGAAGUUGGUUUGAGUGGCACCGUCGACUUUCAAGAGGCUGUUCAAGCAGGCGCUGAGGCUGAACAACACUACGGCACUGUGAAGAGGACGGCCACUUCCAACUCGCUAACGGCACCCGCAAAGAUUUCCGAAAACUCGUUCGCGGAUCGAAAACGCAUUUUCAAGGACAAUCGCCUGCCCGAAAAGAAAGCCAAAACCUUCUGGCAGCUCGCAUGGAUUGCCUACAAUGACAAGGUGCUCAUUUUACUGUCUGUUGCCGCCGUUAUCUCGCUCGCACUAGGGAUCUACCAGACUGUCAGACCUGCGCCCUCAGAAGAGCAUGAAGCUCGAGUCGAAUGGGUCGAAGGCGUGGCCAUCAUGGUUGCAAUUUUUGUUGUAACUUUCGUGGGUGCGUUGAAUGACUAUCAAAAGGAGCGCCAAUUCAUCAAAUUGAAUCGUAAGAAGGAAGAACGCUUUGUGAAGGUCAUUCGGUCUGGAAAGUCCCAGGAAAUCUCGGUCUACGAUGUCUUGGUCGGGGAUGUUAUGCACCUGGAGCCGGGUGAUCUGAUACCCGUGGAUGGUGUCUUCAUUGAGGGUCAUAAUGUGCGAUGUGACGAAUCUUCAGCGACCGGAGAAUCUGACAUUAUCCGCAAAACCCCAGGUGACGAGGUCUUUCACGCCAUUGAAACUCAUCAGAACUUGAAAAAGAUGGACCCGUUCAUCCUGUCCGGCGGCAAAGUCUCUGAGGGUGUGGGCACAUUUCUUGUGACUGCAACCGGUGUCAAUUCGAGUUAUGGAAAGACCUUGAUGUCGUUACAAGACGAGACUCAGACCACCCCCCUCCAGGUAAAACUGAAUGUUCUCGCCGAGUACAUUGCGAAACUAGGAUUGGCUGCUGGUCUUUUACUCUUCUUGGUGCUUUUCAUCAAAUUCCUCGCGGAGCUCAAGAAUAUUGAUGGCGGUGCUCAGGGCAAGGGUCAACGUUUCCUCCAAAUCUUCAUCGUCGCCGUCACCAUCAUUGUGGUGGCAGUCCCAGAAGGCUUGCCCUUGGCUGUUACGCUGGCCCUUGCGUUUGCGACGACGAGGAUGCUCAAGGACAACAAUCUGGUACGACUCCUGCGAGCAUGUGAGACUAUGGGCAAUGCUACCACUGUGUGCUCUGAUAAAACGGGAACACUGACGCAAAAUAAAAUGACGGUUGUCGCGGGUACGUUGUCUACAGCUUCUAGAUUCGGCGACAAACAACAACCCAUUGAAUCUACAGCUACUGGUGAUGCGAAGGUUCCAGGUCCUACCGUGGCACCCAAUGACGUUUCCUCGGCCGAGUUCUUUGCUACACUUUCUGAAGAUACUAAGUCACUCCUCAAGGAUUCGGUUAUCCUCAACACGACAGCAUUUGAGGGUGAAGAAGAAGGAAAGAAGGUGUUUAUCGGAUCCAAGACUGAAACAGCUCUGAUCCAAUUCGUCGUCGAUCACCUUCCCAUUCAGUCCAUUGGUGAAGAACGAGCGAAUGCAGAAAUCGUCCAGAUGGUUCCGUUCGAUUCUGGUCGCAAAUGUAUGGCUGUGGUCAUCAAACUCCCUAACGGCAAAUAUCGCAUGAUGGUGAAGGGAGCAUCUGAAAUCCUUAUUUCUAAGUGUACCAGGAUCGUCAGCGAUCCCACAAAGGCACUGGUGGAUGCACCAAUGACUCUAGACCAGAUGGAGGCAUUGAACGGCAUUGUCAGCAACUAUGCGUCGCGGUCUCUGCGUACUAUUGCUCUGCUCUACCGAGAUUUCAAUGAAUGGCCGCCGCGAGGUGCUGCUUCUGCGGACGACAAGAAACAAGCCGACUUCGAUAAAGUCUUCAAAGACAUGGUCUUCCUCGGGGUUGUUGGUAUCCAAGAUCCCCUUCGCCCAGGCGUUGAGAAGGCCGUCCGCGAUUGUCAAGUUGCCGGUGUAUUUGUGCGCAUGGUAACAGGUGACAACAUUAUGACCGCCAAAGCGAUUGCAACUGAAUGUGGUAUUUUCACACCGGGUGGGAUUGCUAUGGAAGGACCUGUGUUCCGGAAACUGAGCUCAAAGCAGCUGACACAGGUGAUUCCACGUUUGCAAGUACUUGCCAGAUCAAGCCCCGACGACAAGAAGCUUCUCGUUGGACAUCUGAAGAAGCUCGGAGAGACUGUGGCCGUCACUGGUGAUGGUACCAAUGAUGCUCCCGCGCUCAAAGCUGCAGAUGUUGGUUUCUCCAUGGGCAUCGCAGGCACAGAAGUCGCGAAGGAAGCGUCGGCUAUCAUCCUGAUGGACGAUAACUUUGCAUCGAUUGUAAAAGCCAUCUCUUGGGGCAGGACCGUCAACGACGCUGUCAAGAAGUUCCUUCAGUUCCAAAUCACAGUCAACAUCACCGCAGUCUUCUUGACCUUCAUUUCAGCCGUUGCCAACGAUGACGAAAGCUCUGUGCUGACGGCUGUACAACUUCUGUGGGUCAACCUGAUCAUGGACACUUUCGCUGCCCUCGCCCUCGCCACGGAUCCUCCGUCCCCCUCAGUCCUACAACGACGACCGGAGCCGAAAUCAGCACCGUUGAUCACAGUCACAAUGUGGAAGAUGAUCAUUGGGCAGUCGAUCUAUCAGUUGGUCGUGACACUGGUCUUGUAUUUCGCCGGGGAAAGUAUCCUGUCCUAUCAAACGCAACAUGAAAAGGAUCGCCUUCAAAGUACAAUCUUCAAUACGUUUGUAUGGAUGCAAAUUUUCAAUCAAUACAACUCGCGACGCCUGGACAACAACUUCAAUAUUUUCGAGGGAGUGCUUCGCAACUACUGGUUCAUGGGAAUCCAGAUUAUCAUUGUCGGAGGCCAGUGCUUGAUAAUGUUUGUUGGAGGACAAGCCUUUUCGAUCAAUCGAAUCAACGGAGCCCAAUGGGGCUACUCGAUUGUUCUUGGUGCACUCUCUGUACCGAUGGCAGUCAUCAUACGAUUGAUCCCCGACGAGUUAUUUGCGAGAUUCAUACCCCAUUUGCCGCGGAAAAAGAAGCGGGGUCCAGAUUUUGUGCUCGAAGACGACGAAAAGGUGCAAUGGAACCCUGCACUGGAAGAGAUUCGAGAAGAGUUACAGUUCUUGAAGAGAAUCCGUGGCGGUCGCAUAUCGGAGCUCGCUUACAAACUACAACACCCACGAGAUACAUUUCUACCACGCUCACGCAGUCCGUCACGCUCACGAUCAAACAGCGACUUACCGCAGACACCAGAAGGGGAAAAUGUUGUAUCAGAUACACUAACAGGAUCCCCAAUCACCCCGGAAAGACUAAAACGCCGGGCAAGAUCGAGUUCGAACUCGGUAUUUGGGCCUGCCACGGCAAUGGCUGGAAUCAUUGCAGGAAGCGUCGCUGGAGGUUGGUCACCGAUCGAGAGGCGACCCGAAGAACAAGAAACAGUGCGUUUCACGAGAGCUCGAUCUCAUUCCGGUGUGGAAGGGACGAGUGGUAUGGAGAUCCAUCCAGCAACACCGGCAGAGGAUCCAGUUUUUGCCAGCUCGGCUCCAAGGGUUGGCGUCCCUCCCAGCCAAGAUCCUGAACUUGCUCCGCAUUUCGAUCUUGCACCACCGCACAGUCCUACUGGACGACCCAAAGGCUCACAUUCACGACAAGGAUCUGCUGUCGCUCACAGGCCGAUCUACCUUGCCGCUGGACAAUUUUCCGCACCCGCCUCGUCAUCCGUUCGAGUAAGAGCCUUUCGAUAUUCAAAACCUGUACAAAAGACUACCUGGAGUCCAUAUUCUACAGUUGUCGUCCACAACAAAGGACAAGCUCGUGUCCGCCGGACAAUCAGCUUCAUCCUCAUCAGCACCACCUUCUUCGCAAUCGGUGCCUAUUUUGCCAUUACCUACGCCCCUCCGAUCCCCACGCCCUUCAUCAUGGGUUCAAUGCCCUCGGAUGCCGAAACACUCGAGCUCUACUCCCCGGACAAUGACUUUGCACGCGAAGUUGACGAACACAUCAAAAAUUGUGCCCUGGCACAGUCCCUGAGGGCCAAUCCCGAUUUUGUCGAGUCAAGACCGCACCUGAAAAUCCCCGAAGAGCUGAGAUCACACAAUUUGACGGCAGGGACAUUGGCGGGCCCAGGAAUGAUCGUGGUGCCCCCGUACUACUUCAACGAAAAAGGCGGAAAAUCCAUGGUGCAGAUAUUCUACGUCGGCACGGAUGUUUCUGGACAUCCGGGGAUCGUGCAUGGAGGGUUUCUGGCCACCAUGCUCGACGAGGGACUGGCGCGGUGCGCAUUCCCUGCCAUGCAGAAUAAAGUGGGCGUGACUGCCAAUUUGAACAUUAACUACCUCAAGCCGACGAUGGCUGGACAGUUCCUGGUGCUGCGGGCCAAGACGACGAAAGUCGAAGGCCGCAAAGCGUGGGCUGAAGGGUGGAUUGAGAGCCUUGAGGUUGCCGAAGGAGAGGAACCCGUGAAACUGGUCGAGGCGAGCGCCCUGUUCGUUGAGCCAAAACACGCACAGGGUCACCACAUGACCUCAAGCGUAAAGGAUACCGUGGUGUUGGAAAUUGUCGACUAUUCUUUUCCCUCCAAGACCUUAUUGUGCUCAACUCGGUUCAAGAAGAGUAUCAAAAGCGUUUAG